AUGAUGAAGUUCGUGUACCUGGAAAUGAAGAAAGGCUUCAAAAAGCCCAGUGUGGCCGUGGUGUCCUUCUUCUUCAAUGCACGAGGCGACUAUUUGGAAAAGUCCAUCUCCGGGAUGUACCGGUCUCUGUUGUCGCAGCUCCUGCACGAGUUCUCGGACCUUCAAUCCGUCCUAGACAACACGGACAUUGUUCCGCGGAACCAACAAGACUGCCCUGGCCUGAACGCUCUGAAGGAUCUUCUCAGCAACGCUGUCAUGGCCCUUGGCCAGCGCUGCUUUACCUGCUUCAUCGACGCCCUCGAUGAGUGUGACGAGCAGGAAGUCCGGGACAUGGUCCAGUUCUUCGAAGAAUUGGCAGAGAAUGCCACUGAUAAAGGCAUUCGGUUUCAAAUCUGUUUCUCGAGUCGGCCAUAUCCGUACAUUGAAAUUUGCCGGGGAAUCUUGCUCACCCUCGAGAAGGAAUCAGGACACCAAGAAGACUUGGCACAGUACGUCAAGAGUCGUCUAAGGAUCGCGCACCGCCCGCUUCUUGAAGAAUUACAAUCCCAAAUCCAGGACAAAGCUGCUGGGGUUUUCAUGUGGGUCGUAUUGGUGGUGGAAAUCCUAAACAAUGAGAGUAGCCACGGCGCCCUCGCUCUCAGAAAGAAGCUUUCGGAAAUCCCGGCCGAAUUAAGCAAACUCUUCAGGAGCAUGCUGGCACGCGAUCGAGAAAGACCUGAAUGGCUACAGCUCUGCAUUCUCUGGAUUCUAUUUGCAAAGCGGCCUUUGACUCCAGCAGAGUUCCGCCAUGCGCUAUGGGCGGGCUUGUUGGAGCGGCAUCUUGUCGAUCGCGAGUUGCCAGAUGACACACACAUGGAUGCCGUCAAACUAGUCACGAGCUCCUCGAAGGGGCUUGCUGAGAUCACCAAAUCUAAGCACCAGACCGUGCAGUUUAUUCAUGAAUCAGUGCGGGACUUUUUAGUGAAAGAAAAGGGCAUUCAGGAUUUGUGGCCUGAACUUGGCUUCGAUUUGGAGGGUCCUAGCCACGAAAUCCUUAAGCAUUGUUGCACUACAUACCUGCAUCAUCCAACAGUACGGGCGAUCAUCGUCACGCCAGAGGGCGCAGACAACGAGCGGAACGCCCUGGCCGAGAAAUGCUCGUUCCUGGAGUAUGCCGGUCAGCAGGUCCUCUACCAUGCCAAUGCUGCGGCACCUGUGGUUUCGCAAGACGGUUUUUUGACCCAAUUCUUUGAUACGAAUGGAAUCAGGGUGAUCAACCACUUCGAGAAGUUCAAAGCUCGGCGGUAUGGCUCCGAUGCAACUCCGCUUUAUGUUCUAGCAGACAAAGGCUUGGGAAACCUUAUUCGUACACAGAUGAAAAGAGAAGUGGCUACCGCUGUUCCUGGGAUAAGGUACCAGCAUCCGCUUUUCGCUGCGUUAGCAAACGGCCAUAAAAAUGCCAUAGCCGCACUUCUGGGCUUGUCAUCGAUUGUCUGCGAUGGCGUCGAUAUCACUGAAGGUUUAAACUACAAAAAGGAUUUGAGGAAUUACCAAGGCCGGACGCCAUUAUCGUGGGCUGCCCAGGAGGGUAGGCUAAGCAUUGUGAAAUUGUUAAUUCAAGGAGGGGCAGACCCUGACAAAGUCGAUGGGAGAGGAUAUAGGCCACUUUACCGGGCUCUAGAGAAUGGCCGCGAGGCUAUUGCGCGGCUCCUCAUCGACAACGGGGCGGAUAUUGAGGCUCAGGAUAGUUCUGGAUCGACGGCACUAAUUUUGGCCUUACAGUAUAGCCACGAGGCUAUCGCGCGGCUCCUCAUCGAUAACGGAGCGGAUAUUAAAGCUCGUAGCAAUCAUGGAUCAACGGCACUGAUUUUGGCCUCACAGAAUGGCUACGAGGCUAUCGCGCGGCUCCUCAUCGACCACGGGGCGGAUAUUAAGGCUCAGGAUAGUUCUGGAUCGACGGCACUGAUUUUGGCCUCACGGUAUGGCUGCGAGGCUAUCGCGCGGCUCCUCAUCGACAACGGAGCGGAUAUCGAGGCUCAGGAUAGUUCUGGAUCGACGGCACUAAUUUUGGCCUUACAGUAUAGCCACGAGGCUAUCGCGCGGCUCCUCAUCGAUAACGGAGCGGAUAUUAAAGCUCGUAGCAAUCAUGGAUCAACGGCACUGAUUUUGGCCUCACAGAAUGGCUACGAGGCUAUCACGCGACUCUUCAUCGAUAACGGAGCGGAUAUCAAAGCUCAGGAUAGUUCUGGAUCGACGGCACUAAUUUUGGCCUUACAGUAUAGCCACGAGGCUAUCGCGCGGCUCCUCAUCGAUAACGGAGCGGAUAUUAAAGCUCGUAGCAAUCAUGGAUCAACGGCACUGAUUUUGGCCUCACAGAAUGGCUACGAGGCUAUCACGCGGCUCCUCAUCGACCACGGGGCGGAUAUUAAGGCUCAGGAUAGUUCUGGAUCAACAGCACUAAUUUUGGCCUCAGAGAAUGGCCACGAGGCUAUCGCGCGGCUCCUCACCGACAACGGAGCGGAUAUCGAGGCUCAGGAUAGUUCUGGAUCGACGGCACUAAUUUUGGCCUUACAGUAUAGCCACGAGGCUAUCGCGCGGCUCCUCAUCGACAACGGAGCGGAUAUUAAAGCUCGUAGCAAUCAUGGAUCAACGGCACUAACUUUGGCCUCACGGUAUGGCCGCGAGGCUAUCGCGCGGCUCCUCAUCGAUAACGGAGCGGAUAUUAAAGCUCGUAGCAAUCAUGGAUCAACGGCACUAACUUUGGCCUCACGGCUAUCGCGCGGCUCCUCAUCGACAACGGGGCGGAUAGGGGCGGAUAUCGAGGCUCAGGAUAGUUCUGGAUCGACGGCACUGGUUUUGGCCUCAGAGAAUAGCUACGAGGCUAUCGCGCGGCUCCUCAUCGACAACGGGGCGGAUAUCGAGGCUCAGGAUAAUUCUGGAUAG